GCGAAGAGAGCGGAGGCGUCUGCGGCGGAGUGUGUGAAAGUGUGUGUGAGAGCGAGGGUCCGGAGCCGUUGUCUGCGAGGUCCGCUUCCUUUUCCAACCCUGCGGAGUGAGCAGGAGACAGCAUGGCUCCUCGGCAACCACGGGAAACUCACAGAAGGAAAGUUUAACCAGGAACCAGGAGAACCUGCGCCCAGUCCCAGUCCGAGUCUCGGUCCAACUCUCUCCGAGGAGCGAUGCACUUUUUCAAAUGGGAUUUGUUGUUAUUUUUCCACUGUUGGAAGCUGCUCUCUCUGGUUCGCGGACUGACGGUUCACAUCAGCGCGGAUGCGGGACUGAGGAGCGUGGUGGCCGGUGUGGUGCCGGGCGCGCGCUGCUCUUUGGAUCAGGUUCUGGCACCGCGGUUCACUCGCCGCUUCCUGGAGACGGACUCGGCUGCAGGUGUUGUGUUUGUCUCCGACUCGAUACCAUGUUCCACUUUGUUGUCGAACCCCUUCACGGUGUACACUGUGGCGGACUGCGCCGACCCCGGGUUCCGACACCUGGUCACAAGCCGGUACGACGUGCAUGUUCACGGUAGGAGCUGUUUAAACAAGCGGCAGGAGAAGCCGCAGUGGGACAUGGAAGUGCUCAGUUUGUUCAGCUCCCACCACCACCCACGGUCGCAGUGCCUUCCAGCUGGCGCUGCGUUAUUUGCGGUGGGGGGUCUCCUUCCCGGGGUCUUGACCCGCUGCCGAGUGGCCCACAGCCGCCACUUUUACUACAGUGACGGGCACUUGUUGACUUCACAGCCGCUGUGUUGGGAGACCCUGGACACUCUCCUGGAUCUGGACCUCAUGUGCGAUGCACGCACUUCAGACGGCUCGGAGUCAAAAGUCAACCUCAUAUCCAUCCACUGGCGCGUGGGAAAGGGCCCCUUCACACAGGAGCACCUCAGCAGGUUAUUGGAGAAGGCAGCCAAGUCUGGUUCAGGCAUUGUCAGCGGCAGAAAGAGAAGGAGUGUCAACAGUAGCCCGCAGUUUCAGCCUCCAAUGUACCAAGUGUCUGUGGCUGAGAACAAGCCGGCCGGGACGCCUGUGGUUGUUCUGAAGGCCAUGGAUGCAGACGAGGGCGAUGCAGGCAGACUGGAGUAUUUUAUUGAAGCGCUCUUCGACAGCCGCUCCAACAACCUGUUUGCUGUCGACCCUGUGAGCGGUACUGUGUCCACUGUGGAGAUGCUGGACAGGGAGACCAAAGACACCCACGUGUUCCGAGUGACGGCGGUAGACCAUGGCACGCCUCGCCGCACGGCCAUGGCGACGCUCACCAUUACCGUCACGGACACUAAUGACCAUGACCCGGUGUUCGAGCAGCAGGACUAUAAAGAGACCAUCAGGGAGAAUCUGGAAAUCGGCUAUGAAGUGCUGACAGUGAGGGCCACAGAUGGAGACGCACCCGUUAAUGGCAACAUUCUUUACCAUAUACUGAAUAGUAAUGGUACAAAUGACGUGUUUGAGAUCGACUCCAGGUCUGGCGUCAUCCGCACCAAAGGCCUGGUGGACAGAGAAGAAGUGGAGGCCUAUAUGUUGUUAGUCGAGGCCAAUGAUCAAGGUCGUGACCCUGGGCCCUGCAGUGCUACAGCUACAGUUUACAUAGUGGUCGAGGAUGACAACGAUAAUGCCCCUCAGUUCAGUGAGAAGCGUUAUAUCGUCCAGGUGGCAGAGGACAUGGCGCCGAACACCGAGAUCCUCCAGGUCACGGCUACUGAUCAGGACAGAGGAAGCAACGCCAUGGUUCACUUCAGCAUCAUGAGUGGGAACACAAGAGGACAGUUUUACAUUGAUGCUCAGACGGGUAAAAUGGACCUGGUGAGCCACCUGGAUUACGAGGCAAAUAAAGAAUACACCCUCCGUAUUCGAGCCCAGGACGGCGGACGGCCGCCGCUGUCCAACAUCAGCGGCCUGGUGACCGUGCAGGUGUUGGAUAUCAACGACAACGCCCCCAUAUUUGUCAGCACUCCAUUCCAGGCUACUGUUCUUGAAAACGUCCCCAUAGGCUACUCCAUCAUCCACAUUCAAGCAGUGGAUGCCGAUUCUGGAGACAAUUCAAGGUUGGAGUACCUUCUGACCGAAACCACUCCGAACUUCCCGUUCACCAUCAACAACAGCACAGGAUGGAUCAGUGUGGCGGCAGAGCUGGACAGGGAGAGUGUGGACUAUUACAACUUCGGAGUGGAAGCUCGGGAUCACGGCUACCCCGUCAUGUCCUCCUCCGCUAGCAUUAGCAUGACCGUUUUAGACGUUAACGACAACAACCCCGAGUUCACUCAGAAGGCCUAUUACAUGAGACUGAACGAGGAUGCUGCUGUCGGGACCAGUGUGGUGACGGUGUCAGCUGUGGACCAGGACAUUAACAGUGUAGUGACAUAUCAGAUAUCAAGCGGAAACACCCGCAACAGAUUCUCCAUCACCAGUCAGAGCGGAGGAGGUCUCAUUACACUAGCGCUGCCGUUGGACUACAAACUUGAGAGGCAGUACGUCCUUACCGUUACGGCCAGCGACGGCACGCGUUUCGACACAGCAAAGGUGUUUGUUAACGUCACUGAUGCAAACACUCACCGACCCGUCUUUCAAAGUUCACAUUACACUGUAAAUAUCAACGAGGACAAGCCGAUGGGCACGACGGUGGUGGUGAUAAGUGCUACUGAUGAAGACACGGGUGAGAACGCCCGCAUCACUUACCUGAUGGAUGACAGCAUCCCUCAGUUCGAUAUCGACCCUGACACCGGAGCUGUGACCACACAGACUGAAUUGGACUAUGAGGACCAGGUUUCGUACACACUAGCCAUCACUGCCAGAGAUAACGGAAUCCCUCAAAAGUCUGACACCACCUACCUGGAGAUUCUGGUGAAUGAUGUGAACGACAAUUCCCCCCGCUUCCUGAGAGAUCACUACUCCGGCUCUGUGAUGGAAGAUGUGCCAGUGUUCACCAGUGUGGUCCAGGUCUCUGCCACAGACCGUGACUCAGGCCUCAAUGGUCGUGUGUUCUACACUUUUCAAGGUGGCGAGGACGGCGACGGGGACUUUAUCAUAGAGUCCACGUCUGGUAUCGUCCGAACACUACGCAGAUUAGACAGGGAAAACGUGCCUGUUUACAGCCUGCAGGCAUUUGCUGUAGACAAAGGAAGCCCUGCUUUAAAAACACCAAUAAAUAUUCAAGUAACAAUCCUGGACGUAAACGAUAACCCCCCUGUGUUUGAGAGGGAUGAGUUUGAUCUCAUGGUGGAAGAAAACAGUCCGAUUGGAGUAGUGGUUGCUCAUAUAUCUGCCACAGAUCCAGACGAAGGCAGCAACGCUCAGAUUAUGUAUCAGAUUGUGGAGGGAAACAUUCCAGAGGUGUUUCAGCUCGACAUCUUCUCUGGAGAACUGACAGCACUGAUAGACCUGGACUAUGAGAUUAAGUCUGAGUAUGUGAUCGUGGUUCAGGCCACGUCCGCGCCUCUGGUCAGUCGCGCCACUGUCCAUAUUAAACUAGUCGACAAAAACGACAACGUACCAGUUCUGAAGAACUUUCAGAUUAUUUUUAACAACUACGUCACGGACAAAUCAAACAGUUUUCCCACUGGAGUGAUCGGACGCAUCCCUGCGCAUGAUCCAGACGUCUCGGACCAGCUCCUCUACACCUUUGAGAUGGGGAAUGAGCUGAAUCUGGUGCUCCUCAACCACACAACAGGAGAGAUUCAGCUGAGCCCAGCCCUGGAUAAUAACCGGCCCCUGGAGGCCUCCAUGAGGAUCUCUGUGUCGGACGGCCUCCACUCUGUCUCUGCCCAGUGCCUCCUUCAGGUCACCAUCAUCACAGACGAGAUGUUGUCCAACAGCAUCACUCUCCGGCUCGCCAACACCUCGCAGGAGCACUUCCUGUCGCUGCUACUGGCUCAGUUUUUGGACGGCGUUGCUCGGGUCCUCUCAGCUGCUCCGGAAGAUGUCGUCAUCUUUAACAUCCAGGACGACACGGAUGUCAGCGCUCGGAUCCUCAAUGUCAGCCUGUCUGUGGCUGUCCCAACGCUGGAGCACCAGCCGCCCACCCGCCUCGGACAGAACAGAGACAGGAGCAGGAGAGGUGUGGACGGGAGCAGUGGAGAGUACUUUGGCUCUGAGGAACUCCAGGAAAGACUCUACUUGAACCGCAGCCUCCUGGCUCAGAUCUCCUCUCAAGAAGUCCUUCCCUUUGAUGACAACAUCUGCCUGCGAGAGCCGUGCGAGAACUACAUGAAGUGCGUGUCCGUGCUCAAGUUCGACAGCUUGGCGCCGUUCGUUGCGUCCGACACCAUCCUCUUCAGACCCAUUCACCCCAUCGCUGGGCUCCGCUGCCGCUGUCCCACUGGCUUCACUGGAGACUACUGUGAAACGGAGAUAGACCUGUGCUACUCCAAACCCUGUGGAGCCCACGGAGUGUGUCGCAGCAAAGAGGGCGGCUACACCUGCGAGUGCUUUGAGGACUACACAGGAGAGCGCUGCGAGCUGUCGUCCCGCUCCGGCCGCUGCGCACCAGGCGUCUGUAAAAACGGAGGUCAGUGUGUCAACCUGCUGGUUGGAGGGUUUAAGUGCGAAUGUCCUCUGGGGGGAUACGAGAAGCCCUACUGUGAGAUGACCACCCGCAACUUCCCCCCACACUCCUUCCUGACCUUCAAGGGCCUCCGCCAGCGCUUCCACUUCACUCUCUCGCUCACAUUCGCCACAAAAGAGCCCAAUGGCCUGUUGCUUUACAACGGCCGCUUCAACGAGAAGCACGACUUCAUUGCCAUGGAAAUCAUCAACGAGCAGAUCCAGCUCACAUACUCCGCUGGUGAGAGCAAGACCACGGUUUCCCCCUUUAUUCCCGGAGGCGUGAGCGACGGCCAGUGGCACGUCGUCGAGGUCCACUACUAUAACAAGCCGAUCCUGAACCAGGCCGGACUGCCCCAGGGGCCAUCAGACCAGAAGGUGGUUGUGGUGACAGUGGACAACUGCGACAAGUCUGUGUCUCUGAGGUUCGGCCAUGUGUUGGGAAACUACACCUGCUCUGCACAAGGGAGCCAAUCGGGAUCCAAGAAAUCGCUGGACCUGACGGGGCCCCUGCUCCUCGGUGGCGUCCCCAAACUCCCCGAAGACUUCCCAGUUCGUAACCACCAGUUCGUAGGCUGCAUGAAGAACCUGCGCAUCGACAACCAGCGCAUCGACAUGGCCGGCUUCAUCGCCAACAACGGCACUCUGGCGGGAUGCUCUGCCAAGAGACACUUCUGCAACAACAACCCAUGUAUGAACGGAGGAAGCUGCGUGAACCUUUGGGGAUCCUUCAGCUGCGAAUGUCCACUGGGUUUUGGAGGACAGACCUGUGAGAGAGUUAUGGCGAGUCCACAGCGUUUCCUAGGCAGCAGUCUGUUGCAGUGGAACAACGUGGCCACGGCGACAGUCCCCUGGCACGUGGAGCUGAUGUUCCGCACACGCCAGGCCAGCGCCACCUUGAUGCACAUCUCCUCGGAGCUGCUGCACAACCUCACGCUGCAGCUGCGCGGGGGGAGCGUGCUGAUGGGUCUCCAUCGCGGAGAAGACUCCACUCUGUCCCGCGUGGAGGAGGUUCUGGUGAACGAUGGAGAAUGGCAUCAUCUGCAGCUCGACAUCAGCAGCUUGGGAGGUCCAGCGAACCUCCACAGAGCAGUUCUGUCUCUGGAACAUGGACUGUACAUGGCCAGUAUGGAGGUGGAUGGGACGCUGAAGGACUCCAAGCUGAAGACGGUGAGCGUCGGAGGAUCAGCAGGGCCUGAUGGGAAAGUUCAGCAUGGUUUCCGAGGCUGUAUACAGGGUCUUCGGGUCGGUGGAGCUUUAAGUCUUUCACAGGCCAGGAAGCAGAACGUGGAGCAAGGUUGUAACGUUCCGGACCCAUGCAGUUCCAGCCCCUGUCCGGUCAACAGCCUCUGCAGCAACAAGUGGGACAGCUUCUCCUGCACCUGCCUCAACGGUUACUAUGGCACCAACUGCACCGAUGCCUGCUCCCUGAAUCCCUGCGAGCACGAGUCCUCCUGCACCAGGAAGCCCAGCUCCUCUCGUGGUUACACCUGUGACUGCCCCAGAAACUACUUUGGCCACUACUGUGAGAAAAAGACGGACCUGCCGUGCCCUCGAGGGCGCUGGGGUCACAAGACCUGUGGACCCUGCAACUGUCAGACGGACAAGGGCUUCGACCUGGACUGCAACAAAACCAGCGGGGAGUGUCGCUGUAAGGACAACCACUACCGCACGGUCGGCAGCGACACCUGCCUGCUGUGCGACUGCUACCCCGUGGGCUCCUUCUCCAGAGCGUGCGACCGGGAGAGUGGCCAGUGCCAGUGCAAGCCCGGGGUCAUCGGCCGCCAGUGCGACCGCUGUGACAAUCCCUUCGCAGAGGUCUCUGCCAACGGAUGUGAAGUCAUCUAUGACAGCUGCCCUCAGGCCAUCGAGGCUGGGAUCUGGUGGCCCAGAACCAAGUUUGGCCUCCCUGCUGCAGUUCCAUGUCCCAAAGGGACUCUAGGCACUGCCAUCCGCCACUGUGACGAGCACAAGGGCUGGCUGCCCCCCAAUCUCUUCAACUGCACCUCCAUCACCUUCAGCAAACUGAAAUCUCUGUCGGAAAAGCUCUUCCAUAAUUCAUCGCAACUGGACUCAGCGCAAGUCCAGCACACAGCCGCCAUGUUGGCCAACGCCACCCUGCACACGGACAAGUACUUCGGCAGCGACGUGAAAAUAGCGUACCGGCUAACACAGAGCCUCCUUCUCCAUGAGAGCAGCCAGCAGGGCUUCAACCUGACGGCCACGCAAGACGUCCACUUCACGGAGAACCUGGUGCGAGUGGGCAGCUCCAUCCUGGCCCCUGAUAAUCAGCCUCACUGGGAACUGAUCCAGCACACUGAGGGCGGCACGGCGGCACUUCUGCGCCGCUACGAGGAGUACGCCAGCACCCUGGCACAGAACAUGAGGAAAACCUAUUUGAGUCCAUUUACCAUCGUGACGCCUCAUAUUGUCAUCUCCGUCGACCGGCUGAAGAAGAUGAAUUUUGCCGGCGCCAAACUGCCACGAUACCAGUCUCUACGAGGCCCACGUCCCCUGGACCUGGAGACGGCCGUCACGCUCCCCGACUCUGUCUUCCAGCCACACGUGGACACCAAGGGACACCGACACCUGGACGUCUUUCCCGAGUCCUCCCUGAGAAACCGCUCCGCCAACAGGAAGAGGCGACACCCGGACGACAGCCAGCAGGACGCGGUCGCCAGCGUCAUCAUCUUUCACAGUCUGGCCGCACUGCUGCCAGAGAGCUACGACCCCGACAAGAGAAGUCUGCGAGUGCCGAAGCGUCCGGUCAUCAACACGCCGGUGGUCAGUAUCACGGUUCAUGACAACGACGAGCCGCUGCAGCACACGCUGGAGAAGCCCAUCACCGUGCAGUUCCGCCUGGUGUCCACCGAGGAGCGCUCUAAACCCAUCUGCGUCUUCUGGAACCACUCCAUCCUAGCGGGUAACGGCGGCUGGUCUGCCAAAGGCUGUGAGGUGGUGUUCCGAAACAACACGCACAUCAGCUGCCAGUGUUAUCACAUGACCAGUUUUGCGGUGCUCAUGGACGUGUCCAGGCGAGAAAAUGGAGAAAUCCUGCCCAUGAAAAUCCUGACCUGGAGCACGGUGGGCGUGACCCUGGGCUUCCUCCUCCUGACCUCCGUCUUCCUCUUCUGUCUGAGAGCCAUGCAGAGCAACAAGACCAGUAUCAUGAACAACGGCGCCACCGCCCUCUUCCUGUCCGAGCUGGUCUUCAUCCUCGGCAUCAACCUUGCCGACAACCCGUUCGUGUGCACCGUCAUCGCCAUCCUGCUGCACUUCUUCUACCUCUGCACCUUCUCCUGGCUCUUCCUGGAGGGGCUGCACGUCUACCGCAUGAUCAGCGAAGUGCGUGACAUCAACUACGGACCCAUGAGAUUCUACUACCUGAUUGGCUGGGGGGUUCCCGCCUUCAUCACGGGUUUGGCCGUCGGACUGGACCCCGAGGGCUACGGGAACCCGGACUUCUGCUGGCUCUCCAUGUACGACACUCUCAUCUGGAGCUUUGCCGGUCCCAUCGCCAUGGUGGUGUCGAUGAACAUCUUCCUCUACAUCCUGUCGUCCAGAGCGUCCUGCUCACCCAGGCACCACAGCAUGGAGAAGAAGGAGCCUCGGAGCUCGGGCCUGAAGACGUCUGGUGCUGUUCUCUUCCUGGUUCUGGUGACCUGCUUCCUAGCGCUGCUGUCCGUCAACAGUGACAUCAUCAUCUUUCAUUACCUGUUUGCCGGGUUCAACUGUGUGCAGGGACCGUUCAUUUUCCUCUUCCGCAUCAUCUUCAACAAAGAAGCCCGGGCUGCCAUGAAGUACUGCUGCGGCCGCAAGCCGCCCGAGCACAUGCUGAAAUCCAAGACCUCCAGCUUCAAGUCCAACACCAACUACGUGGACGGCCGACUGUACCACCUUCCCUUCGGGGACUCCAGCGUGUCUCUGAACGGAACCAUGCAGAGCGGCAAGAGCCAGCACAGCUACGUCCCCUUCGUGCUGCGGGACGAGGGGCUGGGCAGCAGCCAGGCCCACAUCGCCCUCAACGAUCACACCUCGCUCUUCCACGAGACUAAAGAGAACGAUGGAGACAGCGACUCAGACAGCGACUUGUCUCUGGACGACGACCAGAGCGGCUCGUACGCCUCCACACACUCCUCGGACAGUGAGGACGAGGAGGGCCCGCUGCCUCCGGAGGAAUGCUGGGAAAACCUGGCCGCCCGGAGACCACAGGACAACGGUGGGGCGAAGAUGGUCAGUGCCAGCGAUUACUCCGGCAGCGACACGGAAGCCGACCGGCUGAGGGUGGAAACUCCUCUGUCCCGGACAGACGAGCGGCCGCAGGACUGCCCCCCGGUGCUGCUGCCCCACUUCCACACCCACCCGCACAAAGGGAUCCUGAAGAAGAAGCAGCUCUCUCCCAUCGUGGAGAGAAACGGUUUCAACCGGAUCCACAACGAGCUCUGUGAGGACGCUCCGGGCGCUGCGUCGCCUCGCAGCGAGAGGAGAGUCGCCGGCGCCAAACCGGGCCUGUCGGACCAGAUGAACGGAGUCGCCAUGAGCAUGAAGGCUGGGAAGGCGGAGGGAGACUCGUCUGGAUCAGACAGCCACUGCAACACGUCCAUGUGAGGCCCUGACAGAGGCAUGUUUGUUGGUCACAGCGCCUCCUUCCUGCCGCCGUCCCUGCUCUGGCUGUGGAGUGUGUGUGUGUGUGUUUGCCAAACCUCAGGAGCCGCCGACUCAGCACUCGAGGACCGAGGACCACUGACCCUUUUCUGAAGAAUCGUUCGUCUACAUACUUGAAGCAAUGCACUUUUUCAUUUUCCGGCUGGAGCCGCCGUCCAGGACGACGUGUUGUUGUGAGGACUGAGGAGGGACAGAAGGGACUGGUCGCUGCUCGGAACCUCACGGUGAGGUCAGAACUGUCAGGACUUCUCACCUGUGGGAGCUCAGCAUGACUGAAGUCAGAGAGCAGAUGUUCAUGGACAAGAAAAGACUCUCGCUGAGGAGCACUGCUGAUCUAACAGUGGUAGAGUAGUCAUGAGGUUUUUGUAAAAUACGGAAUGGAUUUUCUACUGUACAGAAACGGCUAACGUUUUUAGGAUUCUCUCCGCGACACUCAACUGCUGUGACAUGUGGCUGCCGCUUUUACAGGCCGUAAAUGUAAAUAAUGUUGUGAUGUCAAACGCUGUUUAUGUCCACCGUGACUCAUAAUUGCUUCAUGUUGACCUCAGAGUUGUAUCGGUGCCAAGAAAAUAACCAUCGUCUCAUAACAGUUUUGUAUCCGCUCGCUGGUUCUAGAACGUCCGGAUGUACAGAAGUCUGAAUCAAGUGUUGGAGGAUCCACAACUCCAUUAA